GAAAGUGGCGCGCCAGACAGCGCACUGCGCAGCCGCAGCAGUACAGGCACAGACACAGCAGCAAACAUGGCAGACGAAAAACCCAAGGAGGGAGUGAAGACAGAAAACAAUGAGCACAUCAACCUGAAGGUGGCAGGACAGGAUGGAUCAGUGGUGCAGUUCAAGAUCAAAAGGCACACUCCUCUCAGCAAACUCAUGAAAGCUUAUUGUGAACGGCAGGGCCUGUCGAUGAGGCAAAUAAGAUUUCGAUUUGAUGGUCAGCCCAUCAAUGAAACAGAUACCCCAUCGCAGCUAGAAAUGGAGGACGAGGACACGAUUGACGUAUUCCAACAGCAAACUGGAGGCUCUUCUCUUUAAAGACUGUUUCCUACAAACAUCCCUACCUCCCCUCUUCACCCCUGAACAUCUUUAUGCUCAUGACCAGUGUUGAUACCAUCCAGUGGAAUACUUUACAGAAUGGUUAAAAGCAGCAGCACAGUUGGUAUAGAUUUUAUUACUAUCAUUUGUACAUCAUCAUGUCAGAACUGUGCAGUGUAGACAACUUGUAAGCUGCAGUGAAUCUGAUGUGCCCAAGAACCUAAACUUGUUCUUUUUUCUUUUCUUUUCUUUUUUUUUUUCGGAAAGUUGCGGGGGGAACAUUUUUUCAUCCUUUUUUUUUUUUUUUUUUAACUUGUUUCAACAAGGUUUUGUUUUAUUUUGGAAUUUUGUUAUUGUCAAGGAAGCCUGUGUUUUAAAUUCACUGACAUUUGUUGUUCUGAAAAUGUAUUAUUGGAAUAAAAUGAGGGUUUUUUUUUUUUUAAA